GGGGUUCCAUUCUCAGUGUGGUAAGAAUGAAAAAAAUGCGAUUCUCUUCCUGAAAAAAGAAAGAAAAAAAAAAGAAAAAAGAAAAAAAAGAAAGAAAAAACCUUAGAAAAAGAUGAGAUCUUCUUCAGGAGCGUUCAGCAUCUCUGCAAAUGCGCAGAAGGUCGAUGUCGACAAUCGGAUUGCUCUCAGAUACUACUAUCGGAUUGCUGAUAAUCUUCUCAGACAGGCGGACAUCUACAGAGAGGAGAAGAACAUAAUUGAUCUGUAUAUUAUGCUCAUGAGGUUUUCAAGUUUAAUCUCUGAAACUAUACCAUGCCAUCGAGACUUCCAGGUGUCUUUAAAAAGAGAGAGGCUUUCUUUUAAAAAGAAAUUAUUGAAUGCACUGACUGAACUAGAGACGCUGAAACCUACUGUUCAAAGUCUGAUUGAGGAACUAAACAGAAAACGCAUGAAAAAAGUAGCUAAGUCAGAUCAGGUUCACCAAAUUUUUUCUAAUGGGUCUUCCUUGGAGUGGCCUGCUGUCAAAAAGCAGAUUCAGACGAAUUAUGAGAUCAGGCAGGUACAACGACCUGUUGGGCGAGAUGUCAUAUCUCAGGGUUCAUGGGGUCAGGUGGAUAAGUUCUCACAUUCUCCAUCAAUGGAAGGGCAGAUCCGCGUAUUAUCUUUAAGUGUCCCACGUCCAAAGGAGGAGACACUAUCAAGACACUCUAUCUUAGGUCCAAAUGGGCUUCGUGGUCAGUGGCAGCCACCUUCCACUAAUAGAGGGGUCCAAUAUCCAAGCAACUUAGCGUUAACUCCAGUCGAGAUCCCAAGCUCUUUAAGUGUUCCACGUCCAAAGGAGGAGACACUAUCAAGACACUCCAUCUUAGGUCCAAAUGGGCUUCGUGGUCAGUGGCAGCCACCUUCCACUGAUACAGGGGUCCAAUAUCCAAGCAACCUAGACUUAACUCCAGUCGAGAUGCCAAGCUUGAUUCAGCCUGCUGAAGAUGGGGUCGUGGCUGUAAAAGAUAGUGGUGAUUCAGAAUCUGAAAGAUCUACCCUUGAAUCAGUCCUUUCACUGAAUGACGGUAGAUGGUCUCUUCCUGCUGAGGAACCUUGUACAACGACUACCUCAGACACAAUAGAGGCUCCUAUUCAAAUUGAUAUUAUCAGACAACCUUCGCCUCCACCUGUUCUUGCCGAUGUACAAGAUCUGAUCCCCAUCGAUUCAUCCCAGGUUACUGAUUCAAGAUCGGGACCUGCAAAAUGCCUGCAGGACGAGCUUGCCCACUCCGAAUCUCCUCUGCAAGUGCACAUUUCAACUAAAAUGAUGGACAGCUUCAUGAGGAUGGCCAAGUCAAACACAGAUAGGAAUUUAGAAACCUGUGGUGUUCUUGCAGGUUCACUUAAAAACAGAAAAUUCUUCGUAACGGCCCUCAUUAUCCCAAAGCAGGAGUCAACCUCUGAUUCGUGUCAGACUACGAAUGAAGAGGAAAUAUUCGAGGUUCAGGAUAAGCAAUCUCUUUUCCCCCUGGGGUGGAUUCAUACGCAUCCUUCUCAAUCUUGUUUCAUGUCAUCGAUCGACGUGCACACUCAUUAUUCGUAUCAGAUUAUGUUACCCGAAGCAAUUGCAAUUGUUAUGGCUCCGACGGAUUCAUCAAGAAAACAUGGCAUCUUCCGACUCACGACUCCAGGUGGCAUGUCAGUCAUAAGGCAAUGCCCGCAACGUGGUUUUCAUCAUCACGAUGAACCGGCCGGCGGCGGUCCCAUCUAUGACAGCUGUUCAGAUGUUUAUAUGAAUCCAAGCCUGAAAUUCGACGUCAUGGAUCUCCGGUAAGAAUGAAUGAUUCUCAUUUUGGGGUACAAUCUCUCUCAAUCUAUUCAUUGAUUGUGUAUCAUCAUGAUAAAGUCUCUAUAGCCUUCUUGUUAUGUAGUAUACUGGUUUUGUAAAAAAUUUGAAAGCCCAAACUGUUUCACCAGUGUAUUCUGUA